AUGCGAGCUGUUCGCUUCCACGGCAGGGAGGAUGUCAGGCUAGAUGAGAUUAGUGAGCCUGUUUGCGGGCAUGGCCAGGUCAAGAUCAGGCCUGCCUUUGUAGGCAUAUGUGGCAGCGAUCUUCAUGAAUAUCUCGCCGGACCCUUGACAGUCCCGACCACGCCACAUCCGAUCACGGGGGUGACGCUACCCACAACCCUGGGCCAUGAGUUCAGCGGAACAGUGGAAGAAAUCGGAGCUGGAAUCGUCAGUCUGAAGGUGGGAGAUCGGGUGGCUGUGAAGCCUAAUUUGUCCGACGGCUCGUGUUCUCGAUGUAUUAUGGGUCGACAGAACAUCUGCAGCAGUUUAGGAUUUAUCGGGUAUACCAGCGAGGCCGGUGGUAUGUCCGAUCAUGUGGUAGUAGAUGUGAAACAUGCAAUAAAGCUUCCCGACUCGAUGCCUCUGGAUAUAGGAGCAUUGGUGGAGCCACUUUCUGUCGCUUGGCACGCAGUCAGUCGCAGUCCGCUCAAAGUAGAUGAUACCGCUCUAGUAAUCGGAGCCGGACCGAUCGGCCUGGCAAUUGUUCAGGUGCUGAAAGCCAGGGGUAUCAAGACCAUCAUUGUGGUCGAAAUCUCCGAGCAGCGACGACAAUUUGCUCGGACUUUUGGCGCCUCUCUUAUCCUCGAUCCCAUGGAGGUAAAAGCCGUUGAAAAGAUACAAGAAGCCACGGGUCUCGCGAAAGGCGUGUCGGUCGCUUUUGAAACUUCCGGCGUGCAGGCUGGGCUGGACACUGCCAUGGCCGGCCUUCGAGCCCGAGGAACAACGGUCAUUGUGUCUCUGUGGGAGAAGAAGCCGGCCAUCAAUGCAAUGCUCGAUAUAGUCUUGGGCGAAAAGCAUAUCACUGGGGCAGCAGUCUAUGACGAGGGAGACUUCGAAGCAGUCAUCGAGGCGAUUGCGUCAGGCAAAAUCCAGCCCAGGCCCAUGAUCACGAGCAAGAUAGGAUUGGAUGAGGUUGCUGAAAAAGGGUUCAAGGCACUCAUAAACGAGCGGGAUAAGCACGUCAAGAUCCUGGUGGACAUCUCCGUUUGA